AUGGCUGUUCUUGCUUUGCAGAAUGGUACAGUAUGUGAAAAUGGCAUUUCAAGACCGAUGACUCCGUUAGAGAUGGAUGAAGCUUUGCUCUUCGAAGAACAAUUGGAUGCUUUCAAUUCAGUUCUGAAUAGCUGGUGGUACAAACUGGCUUCUUUCGUCAACGCAGCUUUCUUCGGUGUAUGGCCAAGCAUACCAACUCUUCCCCCACAACCUGAAGUGCCAUGCUUCUGUCCGGAUGUAUGCGGGAAUAUGACAAAUUCGACUGAAUACGGAAAUCGCACCGUUCAAUUCUACUGA